AGUAUAUGUACAAUCGAUAACGACACAUUCAUAAUAAUCUUUACUUCACAACAAAUGGCAAAUACUUUUGCCAUAACUGCGUAAAAGUCAGAAAUUCAUUGCGAAUAUUGGUGAAAGCUUUUAUUUACUCUAUCAUGUUCUCGCUGUUUGGCAAACGUAAGCCAGCCGAUACGCCCACCGAAGAGGCUAUCCAGGGACCGAGUGAUGUGCCCAAGCAAAGCAACGGCGAUGAUUUCAUAUUUGUGGAUCGCAAAACUGACGUAGAUCCCGUAACAGCGCCUGGUGGCAUGAUGUACCCGCCCAUGCCACCAUCAGCAUAUGGCCCGCUGCCCUAUCCCCCGCCGCACGGUGCACGAACAGCGAUGGGACCACACCAAAAUUUAAAUGCACCAAUCAGCUAUGUGCAGGACAUUCCAUUUGAGCUGGCGCCACAGUUGGCUAGCAAGGAUCGCUUCAGUGGCACGCAGAUGCAAGUGGACGGCAUAUUGGCUUUUCUGACGCGUCAGCUAUCCGUGGAUGCACUGGCCGAGGAGUACACAUUCACCCUGGAGCGUUCAGUGCAAAAUGAGUCCUACUGAAUCAAUGACAAAAUGAAGCCUAUGCUAAUUAUAUAGAAUACAAAUAGAAUAGUUUUAGAUUUGUUGCGAUUGUCACCACCAGCGAAAUAAACGAAGCGAAAGUUGUGUUA